AGAGACCCUGAGCUCAACCUGCCCGGUACACCGCCCCCAGCAUUUCAUACGGCACAAACCGCAUGUUCACCAGAAGUGCUGCUUGCACACCGACUACUAUCCACUAUCCACAACUCUGGCUGGGAAAGGGUCACCCUAGGCGACGCGCACAAUCAGAUUUACAGCAGAAGUCAAACCCGGGACGUUUUCCUCAACGCCAGGAGAAUUAAGGAACGCAGGUAAUUCCAGUUCAGCUCCGACAUUUCGCCGAAAUGCUGGGAAUCUGCGUGUGUCUUUGUGCUGUCUUCACACAUGUCCUCUCCCAGGAGGCUGAGGAACCGAUCUCAUAUACUUGCACAGAUGGAUAUAAGUAUGACCCUGUCAGACAGCAGUGCAGAGAUAUUGAUGAGUGUGCCUUGGUAGUUGAUGCCUGUAAAGGAGGGAUGAAGUGCAUCAACCACUUUGGCGGAUACCUCUGCCUCCCCCAGAAUGCCCAGAUCUAUGUCAGUAACGGAGACGAGCAGCCGGUGCCGCCAGACCCGGUUCCCCCUGUUCCUCCUGUGCCUCCAAGCCGGCCUCAAACCCCAGGGAUCCGUGUAUCUGGCGGCGGGUUCUCCCAGACCAUCCGGACUAACCGCUGCACCCCUGGGUUCACCGCAGAUGAGCAGAACUUCUGCAGAGACAUAGAUGAGUGUGCGACUGGCAGACAUGCCUGUGGUCCGCAGCAGACGUGUUACAACACCAGAGGCUCCUACACCUGCCAGUGUCCUCCUGGCUACCAGAGGAAUGGAGAUCAGUGUGUGGACAGAGACGAGUGUGUCCUGUCCCACUACUGCAUGCACAGAUGUGUGAACACUUUGGGCUCGUACUACUGUGAGUGCAACACAGGUCACAAGCUGGCCAGCAACAACCACAGCUGUGUUGACGUGAAUGAAUGCGAGAUGCAGAGCCCCUGUCAGCACCAGUGCUACAACCUGAUGGGGUCUUUCCUCUGCCAGUGUGACCAGGGCUACGAGCUGGCACGCGACUCUGUCUCCUGUCAAGACGUCGAUGAAUGCAGUUUCUCCAGUUACAUGUGUCAGUACCAGUGUGUCAACAGUCCAGGAAGUUACUCCUGCGAGUGUCCAGAAGGAUACCAGCUCCAGGGAACCAGGAUGUGUCAAGACAUAAAUGAGUGUGAGGCAGGGACCCAUGACUGCCGAGAUGAUGAAAUGUGCUGGAACUACUACGGAGGCUUCCGAUGCUAUCCAAGAAACCCCUGCGAGGAACCUUAUGUCAGAACCUCUGAAAACCGCUGUAUCUGUCGGUCUCAGACUGAGUGCCAGGGUCUCACACCAUCAAUUGUCUACAAAUACAUGAGCAUCCAGUCCGAUCGCUCCGUGCCAUCAGACAUCUUCCAGAUCCAGGCCACCAACAUCUACGCCAACACACACAACACCUUCAGGAUCAAAGCUGGCAAUGAGGCCGGAGAAUUUUUCCUCAGGCGUUCCAGCAAUGUGAGCGCCAUGCUGGUGUUGACCAAGCCUCUGACAGGCCCCAGGGAGCACGUUGUGGACCUGGAGAUGAUCACUCACCAUAUGGCCAUGAACUACCGCUCCAGCUCACUGUUGCGGCUCACCAUCAUAGUCGGGCCCUAUGCCUUCUGAGCACGCAAAUCCCAGCAGCACCACCCUGCCCAGUCUAGCCCGGUUCAGCAAAGCAUAGCAUAAUCUAACAUAGCAGAUAACAGCGCAACAUACAUUCGCAUUCAUCACACGCGUAUUCAGACUGCACAGCACAGACCAGCCCAAACCCCUAAGUUCAUGCAGCAGCCCCAACAUAGCUCGCUCAAGACAGCCCGGCCCGGCCCAUGCUGAGGGCCUGUGUGUCCACGAGGCUUCGUUUUCUGGCAGGGUGCUGGGAGGCAGUGAGAUGAAGAUGAAGGGAGUCAAGCUCUCUAUGUGGGUUUUGCAUCAAUUAUGACUUCUUCUUACAUAACACUAAAACAGCAGCACCAAAGUUGAAGCUGUUUCAUUUCAAGUGCCCAGAGCGGAUACAAAAAAAAUAGCGGCAGAGACCAAAAAGAUGCUGCGUGCAGGACUUUCACUAGCGCGGGCCAAACAUGCUACUUCCCUAUUGAAAACAACUGGGAUCAAAGCACCAGCAUUAAGGAAAAGAAACCUCAUGGACACACAUCAUAACUGUGAUGAAUUUGUUUUCCCCUUGAAGUUUUGUUCUUGAUGCAGCUGAGACUAAAUCUGCUGUAUCACUUUCUUCAAGCUAGUACUUACUUACUUUAAACUAUGUCUGCAUCAGCAAUGCAUUCUAUUGUUAGUACAUGUCAGCCUUACAAAAAAAAGCCAAAAAAAGGUUGUUGUUUUUUUUUUUGCAUACAGAUGGACAGAACAAAAUAUAUGAGCAGCUUUCAUAGACGAAACCAUUUACAGAUAUUUAAAAUCACAAGUUGUGUGUUUUGAGGGCGUCAGUACUGUUGCAGCAUCCAUUUCACAUAAGUUUGCUUAUACUCAUAACUAAUAUUUUUUCCAGAGUAGUCCAAAACAGUUGAGAACUAUAAAGGGGCGGGCAUGUGCCAGUGUGCUUUGUGCAGUGAGCUGAGUGAGUGCUACCCGUUGUGUGACAACAGGCUUGAUGCCCACAGUCACAGGAGUUAAGUCAUGUAAAUACCUAGGUAACAAAUCUAUGUGUAUGCGUGUGUGUGUGUGUGUGUGUACGUGUGUGUGUACGUGUGUGUGUGUGUGUGUGUGUGUGUGUGUGUGUGCCUGCUUGUGUUAUGCAUGCAUGCACUUGAAAGUGUGAAAGACAGAGGGAGAGAGGGCAAGAGAGAGAGAGAGAGAGAGAGAGAGGGAAAGAGUGAGAAAGAGCUUGUUCAAUCACCGGCCCAGGUUCGAUGGAUGUGGUUGAGCUGUUUAUGCGUUUCUGUGAUGCCAUCUCAAUAACCUUUGGUCAGAGAGGUAAUAACAGCGAGCCCCGAACUCAAGAACACGCUCAGGAAAUGAUGGCUUUCGUAACACAGUUUGGCACAACUCACCUCAGCGCUUGUUUAAGGCCAAUUGACUGCUACUUGGUGCCACGGUGACUCUCUGGAGGAACAGUUGGGCUUUCUAAUGUCGGUCCCAGUCAAGAAGUCACACUGGCACCAAGCUGGCUUGCGUGAGAGAGAUAAUUACAGUGCAUGGCCCCAGAGCUGGCUCAUGUAAGACACAAGGGAUUAUUAAAGUGUUAAUACAGUGCCACCACACUCUUGGCAGAAUGAGAAAUCUUUCACUACCUGCUUUACCUUUCAUGACUCCACGUGUCGGCUUUGGCUUAUUGCUGAAACAUCAUACACUGUAGACGUGCAGCUCUGAAGAAACAUGUUGAAAACCAGUAUGUUGUUCAACUACUCACCACUCUGCCAGUGUAGUAAGUUAUCCAUCUUUGCUAAAAUCAUAAGCCUUAACAUUUUUUGUUUCUGUGGUUUCAGCAGUGAGCAUGCAAUAGGGAUUCAUAUGAAUAUAGUGCCUUAAGGUAUACACACAGCAAAUAUAACACUUUUUUAAUCAUUCAUGCUGUCAAGACUGUUAUUCUUUCAUGGAAUUGCCUUAACGUUUUAUUUUGAUUUUUCUCUUCUAUUUAAAAUAGCCGAUAUAUUUUUUCAUAUGUAUCUUUGAUGGAUUGUACUCUGAAGAGCAAAAGUUAUAUUGUUGAAUAAAAUAUGAUGGAUAAAUGGGA